GAUGUUGAUCCUAUGGAUUUCGAUCUCAUUAAUUGCGAAACUCGACGACCUAAGGUCCGCUUGCGCCGAUAUGAUGCUAAAUCGCGGAUACUCUUUAUCACGAUCCCAUCCAGACUACACGAAGCUAUGCAUAGCCAUAUAUACCAGAAAAUCUCUUUUCAGAUUUUCGGCAGAGGCCUGGAGGACAGAUGGAGUACUAUGGCGGCCACUACAUGUUACACAAAACCAAAUUCUGGGGCUGGUGAUGGAAGCGGAGAGGGCGAUUCUUCAGGAGGCCCAUCUCCAGAGCGCGAUGGACCAAAUGCCUGGCCAACACUCGUUAUCGAGGCUGGAUAUUCCGAAUCCCAGCAAUACUUACGCCAAGAUAUGAGAUGGUGGCUCGCUGCAUCGGACCAUGAUGUGAAAAUUGUGCUUCUGAUCAAAUGGGACCGAAGACGAUCGGAAAUCAGUAUUGAGAGAUGGGAAGAGGAUAUACCAGUCCAACGACCUGGAGCAACAAAUACCCGAUCCACAGGAAUACUAGCACUAGUGCUGCGGCAGAUUAUCACCAUCACCAAGAAUCCGACAGUCCCACCAACAUUCAGCAUCGUUAGUAGCGCGCUGGUGUUGCCCUUUAGACUUCUUUUCUUACGAAAUCCAGGCCCUGGAGAGAGUGAUUUUGUUCUCAGUGUCCAAGAGCUGGAGGGGUAUGCAAGAGCAGUAUGGAGGUCUAUGGGCUGA